AUGACGCGCAACAUCAUACCGCGCAGCGUCAGUACUGACGCAGAUCGGAUUCCCAUACCAAAUCUCCCACCACCAUAUACCUUUACAGGCGUAAAACAUAAGCAACUAAGUAACCGUUUCCACCAAAUCUAUUAUGGACCUUCACACAAAAUGAACCCAAACUCAUAUCUUACCAGAGCGAACACCUCCGACUUCACCGCCACCAGCACAAUCCUAGUAGGCCCCGAUCUCACAGCCUUCCAAAUCCAUACCAGCCUCUUCACAUCAACAUCCUCCUACUUCCGCGCCGCGCUCAACGGCCCCUUUGAAGAAUCAGCAACCAACAGUGUAACACUCGACGACGUCCCCGUCGAGCACUUUCAGCUCCUCGUCUCCUGGCUCUACAACUCCAUCCUACCCACACCCUUCAAAGACCGAAAACCAGCAUACUACACCCUCCUCCACACCUACGCCCUAGCCGACCGACUAGGUUUCGAGGGCGCGAGAAACGCCGUCGUAGACGUAAUAAGUGACCUAGCCGAUGAAACGAAUAGCGUACUGACACCCUCUGACACACGGAUUCUAUACGAAGAUAUCCGCGACUCGUCGCCUCUCCGCACCCUCGUUCUAGACCUCUUUGCCUUUAAGAAAACAGAUCGACUGCUUGAGUCGCAUGGGGAUUGGUGGCAUGCGGAGUUUCUCCGUGAUUUGACGAUUGCGUAUGUGGUGUCCGGUUUCCUGGCAUACGACACGUGCAUGUGA